UAAUCACUCCUCAGAUCCCGCCGAUACACAUGGCAGACACCCGGAAUGCUCCGGCGAUUUAGAACACGUAGCUCUGGUAUAAAUUCCGCUCCCUCCUUCACCAAACGGCAACAAGGAACCCAAUCGAGCUCUACAACUCUCAUCGAAAGCCCUUCAUGGCCGAAUACGAAACGUAUGGAAAGAAGCUCAAGAGAGAAGUGGACACCGCAAACGUGCUUGAUUACGAGCGAAUCCGAAACCCCGUGCCGGAGAACAUCUGCUCGGACGUAGACGCGACGUCUCUGCAAAACGACUUGCUCUACUUCCUGCGCUCAGUCCUCACCGAGAAAUUCGAGCCGCUCGUGAAGAUCCGGCUCCAGCGCGGCGGGUGGGAGAAGUGGUUCCAGGUCGAGCUCUGCCUGCUCAUCAACCAUUUCCACGACCGGAACAACGUCCAUGCGCUGUACCACGCCACACGCGAGGAGCAGGUCUUCCAAGGGACCAGACAGUACGCGGACGUCAUCAUCUCCGAAGGUAACUCGCCCGAGACCAGGAAGCUCACGCAUCUGCUCGAGAUCAAGUGCGGGAGGAACAAUCAGUCCGCCAGUGACGUUGCCCAGGACAUUUGGAAGGACUGGGACAAAGUCGGCGGGAUCACUGGGAACGGGAACGGGCCGCUUCAGCCGAAGCUCGCGGCGGCCUCCCGUGUGGCCGUCUGUGUGACUGUGGACGAUCCGCCCCUCCUGACCACGAAUUGGAGCCCCUACACUGUGAAUGGAGUGGUUGAUGGCCAGCCCCACACAGUCUACUUUCAUUUCCGCUACCUGACCCGGUACUGAGAUCCCAAUGGUCGGACUUUUGUUUAGGACUUAUGUAGUCAACAAACUGAACAUGGUCCUAGAUUGCAUGAAUAAUUCAGCCACAAUCUCUCGCUCUCUCAUUUGGCGAUUAGUUACUUUCCUCUAGGCUUUAACGCUUUUAAG